ACACACACACACACACGCGCGCACACACACAGAAGCAGACAUCAGGUGUGGAGAGACAGCCCUGAGAGGCAGUGUGUGAGGUGGCAGAUCCUGUGGGACACCAGAGCUGGAGCUCUCGAUGGAGCAGGACCGACCCCGGAGCAGCCUGAGCCUGGCCAGCAGCGCUUCCACUGCAUCUUCUCUGAGCAGCCCGAGCACCAAGAAGCCUACCCGUGCGGUACACAGGGUCCAUGCCUUUGGGAAAAGGAACAAUGCGCUUCGGCGAGACCCCAACCUGCCCGUGCACAUACGUGGCUGGCUGCACAAGCAGUUUGCUAGUGGACGACCUAGGUCACCUGCGCGUCCCCAGCCGGGAGAAGGCCUCGGGGGUCCCGGGGGCCCUCCAGAGGGGAGCAGAAGGGAAGAGGGGCGCAUCUCGGAAUCACCAGAGGUAGCAAGGCUCUCCAGAGGUCGUGGCAGCCAUGGAACAUACAGGUCUAGCCCCACAGCUGAACUGCAGCCUGGCACGGGUAGUAGGAGGACCAGGAGCCCAGAGCUGUUCUCAUCCCUCUCCCGCCCGCCUUCCCCUCUGAGCCUUCCCCGUCCUCGUUCUGCUCCCGCACGGCGACCCGCUCUCUCAGCAGGAGAGAUACCGUUUCCUGCCCGACCUCACACUCCCUUGAGUCGCAUCGAUGUCCGACCUCCUCUGGAUUGGGGACCCCAAAGACAGACCCUUUCUCGACCACCCACUCCACGCCGCGGACCCUCCUCCGAAGCUGGUGGAGGGAGGCCACCCAGGAGUCCCCAGCCCUGGAGACAAGAGCCUAGAAUACAGUCUACCCAGGCCUCCUCUGGUUCUUCCACCUAUCUGCAGCUGCCUCCGCGACCCCCUGGGACCCGGGCCUCCAUGAUUUUGCUGCCAGGUCCUCCCCCAGCGGACUCAACUUUUCACCAGAGUUUGGAGACAGAUGCCUUGUUGACCAAGCUGUGUGGGCAGGACCGGCUCCUGAGGAGGAUUCAGGAGGAUCUAGACAAGAGGCAGGAGGAGAAGGAGCAGCUAGAGGCAGCCUUGGAGCUGACCCGGCAGCAACUGGGCCAAGCUACCAGGGAGGCUGCAGCUUCUGGGAAGGCCUGGGGUCGCCAGCGCCUUCUGCAGGACCGGCUGGUGAACGUGAGAGCCACUCUGUGUCACCUGGCUCAGGAACGAGAGCAGGUUUGGGACACCUACAGUGGCCUGGAGCAGGACCUGGGCACCUUAAGAGAGACUCUUGAAUACCUUCUGCACCUCGGGUCUCCCCAGGACCGAGCAGCUGCCCAGCAGCAGUUAUGGAUGGUGGAGGACACGCUGGCAGGCCUAGGUGGCCCCCAGAAACAGCCUCCACAUACUGAGCCCAAGUCUCCAUCCGCUGCACCACAAGGAGAGGAGUCCUCAGAGCGGGAGAGCCUUCCGGAGUCACUGGAGCUUAGCCCCCCUCAGUCCCCUGAGGUGGACUGGAGUCGACCCCCAGGAGGUGACAGAGCCCUCCUCAGCCUUCGCUCAGGUCUUGAGUCUCCCAGGGUCUCCCGAGCAUCCAGCCCUGAAGGUCAUCAACCUUCAUCCCUGAACACUAAGGUCCCCGUGGCGCGGCCUCGCAUGAGUGCGCAGGAGCAGCUGGAGCGCAUGCGCAGAAACCAAGCCUGUGGGCUUCCUUUUCCUCGUCCGGCCUCCCCGAGACUGCUGACCCUGGGGAGGGCACUGUCACCAGCUGGACGCCAGCUUGAUUUGGAGCAGAGGCCUGUUGUAGGAGCUGCACAAUGGCUCAGGAGUUCUGGAUCCUGGAGUAGCUCCAGGCCCUCCACAACCUGCAUGCCAACACCCAGAGGCCACCGGGAGCGGGUCCUCAGUCUCUCCCAGGCCCUAGCUACAGAAGCUUCCCAUUGGCGCAGGCUGAUGACUGGCUCUCCGGGGGUAAAUUCGGACUCCAGGGGAGACUGUCUCCCACCAGGCUCACAACCUCCCAGUGAAGAAGUGCACCAGGUCACCUCGUCCCCAGCGUCUCCCAAGGCUAACUCUGCCCCAGGGAGCAGGCAAGGCCUGGCCCAAUGGGAACCCAGCUGGGACCCUGGGAACACCUCUGCUGCUCCACUGCAGGAACAGGGGGCGUGGCCCCUGAGAGUCACUCUGCUGCAGUCCAGCUUUUGACUUUCUCUUUGCACACCGCUCCUGUGUGGCACAAGCAGUAUGCACAGCCUUGAGGUGUAAGAUCAGUCAGGACCACGGGGGAGAAGUGUAUUCCAACAGGUGUUCUAGGAGGGCUGGAGCUACAGUGGUCAGACUGAUUAUCCCCACACUGUCCAAGCUAUUAGUCAGUAAACAUCUUUAUUCUCUCUGAGGCUGUGCCAUUGUGAUCAGGGCCUUAGGUUCACAGGUAUAGAGGAACCUGCCUGACACCAUUUUGAAGGCAGGAGCCGUUAUGCUGUGUUUUUAAAAACAAGUUUCUAUUUACUGUGAGAGUUGAAUUGCUUUCUGUUUCUUGGAACCUGACCUUCCCCAACCCAUGACGUUAUUUGGUUUUGAGAAUACCCUGGCCCUCCUUGACCCCUGGGAGGGUAACCAUAGCAUGUUUCUUUAAGGUUUUUUAAAUUCCUUUUGGGCCCAUUGCCUCCACUCUGUCAAACUACUCAUGCUUUUACCCUUCAAAGGGGCCCACGUGGAUUCUCUGCUGUUCUCUUUAACCCAAUUUAGGAGGCAGUUGCUGGCCAGCUGUUCCAGGCACCCCA